AUGCCGACAGUUCCAUAUCAGCAACGAGUGAGGCCAACGCGAAGAAGGCUUGUUGAUUCCUUAAGUGCGGCAGAGGAGUCAGUCCUGAAUGAAGUAUCCGCCUCCGACUCUGAAACCUGUGGCGCGAAUACAUCUUCCGUGCUAGGAAUCCCCCAAUCAGAGGCUGGAGCUUUGCAGCUGGACCAAUUUCGGGAUCAGCAAGGUCCCGUCAAGUCCUCAAGCAAUGACAGGGAGGCAGGAACAUUGGUUUCAAGCGCUCUUUUACGUUCCAGGAUAACGUACGCUCGCCAACGCUCGUUCUUAGGAAGUACCUUGAACACUUCUGACUCUGAGUUACAUGGCGCUUCCGCUUCAACUUUGGACGGUGUUGAAGCUAGUGGUUCAUCUGCCUCACUCAAACAUCGCAGUACACCUUUGUUGUCUGCCGAUGGCGAGGAACACGGCAGGCCUGUCCGUAGCAUCCAUGAGCUGAGGCAGGCUGGGGACAAUGCUCGCUUCCAAGAGUCGGUUGAAGCACUAUUCGAUGAUUUUGAAGACCCGGGCAACACCGUUUCCGAGAGAUGCAAUGGGCUCAUUCAGCUGUGUUCGAAGCUACUCAAACCCGACUUCAUGCAUCGAUUCUUGGGAUAUGGCUUCGAUGAACGACUAGUUAAAAGUACGGUGAGCGAUUUAGACAUUAUCUCAUCUUGUCUAGCACUCUGUGCCUAUAGAUUGGUCUGUCUCAAAGGGGUUUAUUCGUACUCAAAUUUGGGAACUUUUUGGACAACUCUUGUCGACAAAUCUUCGUUAUUUCUAGCAGUGAAAGACGAUAUAAUGUCCUUGGCAGGCAAUCCACGAUUGCAUGUGUCAAGAGCCGUGCAAGCGUCACUCAGGGAUCUCAUCCCACGAUUGACAGCUUCGAUGUUCUCAGAAAGCCCGACACUGAGACUUUCUCCACGGCUAGCCAUUCUUUCCUGCAUUAGCAUGUGCUUGACAGCAUUCCAAGACAAGCCUCAACCUAUACAGUCGAUGUCCCGGUCUUUGCUAGAUAACCUUAUUGGGCUCCUGCCUCCGAACAAUGGUAAAGCCACAGCAUACCCUCUGUCUUACGACGAUUUUCAAACAAAGACAAUAACUCUCCUUGUUCUGGAGAGUUACCUAAUGCUUCCAGCGACAUCAGGCUACGAGUACAAUGGUCCUUUCCACAAAUUUGUCCUGAUGCAUGAUGACUUCAUUCGUCCUGCCCAGGAUGACCAAGGCCGACGAAUCUUGACGUUAUAUUUGAGGGUCGUACUAAACCUCACCAACAAUGAUCCUCUGGCGUGCGAGCAAUAUGCCGCACCUGAAAUAAUCACCGGAUUCGUUCGAAUCAUCACAACUGAGCUUUCAGAUGAGUCUGCUAUCGUCGGCUUCGGUGAGCACGAGUCAUUCAACCUCGUCAUCUUGGCUCUAGGUGUUCUUAUAAACCUGGCAGAACAAAGUGAGAGUUGCAGAGCCUCCUUUCUUGUGCCAACACAUGACUCGCAUCCACCCCUUGGGACACUUGUACAUCAGUUUUCUCUCAGCAUCGACCUCAUCAACCAUGCAAAUUCCCUUUCCGAGUCACAUAAUAAUGUUGCUGUCGGGUACUUGUCAAUACUCCUAGCUCUUCUCUGUCUACUUCAGGAAGCAUACUCUCGAAUUCAGGAAUUGCUCAUGGAAUGUGGGAAGGAGAUCGCCUCGGUCAUUUCAACAGCGAAAGAAUUCUUGCUAUAUCAUCAGAAAGUCGAAAGAGACUCACGACUCGGCGAAUUCCAAAAUCGCGACAACACAUCCACGGCACAAAGCUACUAUCCGACGAUUGAAAACACGUUCAGCCGCAUUAUCAAAUAUAACGGUCAGGACUACGCAACUGAAAUUGUUGACACAGCUGGUCAAGAUGAAUAUAGCAUACUGAAUUCAAAGCACUUCAUUGGCAUCCAUGGAUACAUAAUUGUCUACUCGGUGUCAUCCCAUCAAUCAUUCGAUAUGGUCAGAGUCAUUCGAGAUAAGAUACUAAAUCAUUUGGGUGCUGACCACGUGCCCCUUGUUAUUGUUGGAAAUAAGAGUGACCUCAAGUCAGAACAGCGUCAGGUGUCCUUGGAUGAAGGGCGGCAACUGGGCGAAGAAUUUAACUGUGCAUUCACCGAGGCCAGUGCUCGACUCGAUUACAAUGUUGCAAAAGCCUUUGACUUGAUGAUCGGCGAGAUUGAAAGGUCCCAGAACCCAUCUCAACCUGCAGGAGGGAACAAAUGUUCCGUAAUGUGA